GUGAGGCUCAAUUUGGAGAUAUGACCCAGCCUCGCUCGAGCCUCACCCAAGGCUCCACGGGAGAAAUGAGCAGACCAAAUAACCUGCAAAGGAUAGCUCAAAAGAAAACUCAAGUUAGGAAGUAUCCGAGGAACAAAAAGUUGGAAAAAUUAGCAGUGUAUUCGUCGUGCAAAUCUGAUGGAUGUAAGUGCAAUGGCUGGAAGAACCCUAACCCCCCCCAAUCCCCCACAAGUGGACUUGUCCAGCCCCUGGCCAGCCUGACUGCCUGUCGCAGCUGUGGACACACUCUAGGUGCACAUGUGUCUCACCUGGAGAAUGAGGCAGAGGAGGAGUUGAACUGGCUACUGAAGAUCGUGGUGGAUGUGGAGAACCUGUUCAUGUGUGUGCACAAGGAGGAGGACCCAGAAACCAAACAGGUCUACUUCUGUCUGUUCAAGUUAUUAAGAAAAUGUAUCCUGAACAUGAGUAAGCCAACCAUAGAAGGACAGUUAGGGAGCCCACCGUUUGAAAAGCCAAGUAUUGCAAAGGGAGUGACGAACUUUGUGCUGUACAAGUUUGGUCACCUGGCUGAAAAGGAAUGGAGAACGAUGUACGACCUGGCUAAGAUGUUUCUGCAUUGUCUGAACCAUUGGAAGCUGGAGACGCCCACCAGUCGCAAACAGAACGCACAAACGGAUGACUUCACCGCUUACCAGCUGAACUAUACCAGGUGGCUGUGCUACUGCCAUGUGCCAGCGUUCUGCGACAGUCUACAACGCUAUGAAACUACACUAAUCUUCGGAAGGACACUCUUGAGGUCUGUUUUCCAGACCAUGAGGAGACAACUCUUGGACAAGUUUCGGGCCGAGAAGGAAAAAAUGCCUCCUGAAAAAAGGACUUUGGUUUUGAAUCAUUUUCCGAGGUUUUUGUCCAUGUUGGAAGAAGAAGUUUAUGGAGCCAACUCGCCCAUCUGGGACCCAGACUAUUCCCAGAACCCUGCCAACAUACCUAUCACCUCACCCCCCACAACUCCACCUGCCCCAACAGGUGCUAGUGGUUUUAACAAGUUUAUCAGUGCCUCCCUGGGGACUAACAGCAGCCCUAGCGACACAGUGACCAUCAACGUCAACCCAGGGCUGAUUGGCAAUCAUCGUCAGUCCAAGAGUCAGGAUACAGCCAGUAACAAACGUUUCCGAGAAGAAACGCAGACGGCAGAGGAUUCCAAGCGGAAGAAGGUGGAAGGGGAUGUGAGUGCGGAGCUCGUGAGUGAAACUGUGGCCACCAUCAGUGACCCGGACAAAAUGGUCGGCCCUGAUACGUCUUUCUUCCCCGCCCAAGCCGCUCGGGAUGAAGGUGCAAGGCAGGAGGAGAGUAAGGGCAUCAUAGAGUUCCAUGUUAUCUCCAACUCACUGACCAAACGGCCCAACAAACAGACACUCAUCUGGCUGAUCGGGCUACAAAACGUCUUCUCUCAUCAGCUACCCAGAAUGCCCAAGGAGUACAUCACGCGUCUGGUGUUUGAUCCGAAACACAAGUGCUUGGCUCUCAUAAAAGAUAACCAGGUGAUCGGGGGUAUCUGCUUCCGAAUGUUCCCCACCCAGGGGUUCACAGAGAUUGUUUUCUGUGCUGUCACUUCCAACCAGCAGGUUAAGGGCUACGGCUCUCACCUGAUGAAUCACUUGAAGGAUUACCACAUCAAGCACAACAUUCUACAUUUCCUCACCUUUGCUGACGAGUACGCUAUCGGCUACUUCAAAAAACAGGGCUUCUCCAAGGACAUUCACCUGCAGAAGUCAGCGUACCUGGGCUACAUCAAGGAUUACGAGGGCGCCACCCUAAUGGGCUGUGAACUUAACCCACGCAUCAAGUACACUGAAUUCUCACAGAUUAUACGCAAACAGAAAGAGAUUAUCAAACAACUUGUGGAGAGAAAACAGGAGGAGCUGAAGAAGGUGUACCCGGGGCUGCAGUGUUUUAGAGACGGGGUGCGACAAAUACCCAUAGAGAGCAUCCCGGGGCUUCACGAGGCUGGCUGGAGGGCGCAUCAGGAGAAAACGAAGGAAACUUUUGCUGACCCUGAACAGUUGUUUAAUUCUCUUCGCACAGUUUUGCAGUCCGUCAAGGGUCAUGGCAGUGCUUGGCCAUUUCAAAAGCCAGUGGACAAAUCUGAGGCUCCUGACUAUUAUGAUCACAUCAAAUUUCCCAUGGAUCUGAAGACAAUGUCCGAGAGACUACGGAAUCGCUACUACUGUCACAAGCGUCUGUUUGUCGCCGACAUGACGAGGAUCUUCACAAACUGUCGCUCGUACAAUGAGCCAGAUACAGAGUAUUACAAAUGUGCCAAUAUCGUGGAGAAGUUCUUCCAGCAGAAGAUGAAAGAUCCGAGUCUUCAAGACAAGACGUAGGUCUUCAUGACAAACACACAAGUCACAAGUCCUCACGACAAAGACUGAAAGACGGGGAAGUUACACUUUCGCUUUUACAGCAGAAAGUCAGUUCAGAUCUGUAUUCAGUGAAAAGGGCGAGAUAUUCACAUUUACCGUGACUAGGGGGCAGAAAGUAGGAUGUGCGGAAGUGAAAUGGACAAUUGCCAAGAUGCAUUGAACUAGGCCUCCGUUUCCAAUGAGUCCAGUCUGAGGUCCCUUGUUUUUUUAACAGAAUAUAUCAGAUUUUGUGCCAGAAGAUCGAAGUUCCUGGAUGCCGUACUUAGCACACAGACUCGUUUAGCUUCUUUGCAAAGAAAUAGUGUUCUUUUUUUUCCCUGUGCAAAUGUUAAUGAAAAGGUCUACUGAGGGUAUUUAUGUGCUGUUUAUAUUUAUGAUAGAUGUGUGUAUUAUCUUUCGAAAAGUUUGGGUUGCUUUUUUGACAUAUCGCAUGGCUUUUGUACAAACCUUCACUCUUUUAUAACGUUUCUCAUUAUUCAUACAUCAUCAACUAUUCCCAGCUAGUAGUAACCAUUUUUGAAAACAUGAAAGAUAACCUUAGGAAGAAUAAGCUGGCAAGGGUAGAUCAAGUCCGAUGUGUUGUACUGGACGUUGUAAAGCAACUUUGCUAGAAAAAAGAAAAGUGGACCACUCCAUACCCAAGUGACACUGGAGUGAAAUCUCAGUUUCUGUCUAUAUUAAUUUAUGUUUUUUUCCCUGUUCUAAGUCCGUUUUCAACAAAUGUUGAAUGAUCUGUUGUGUGAUGUAAAUAUGGUGGUGUCACGUGACCUUCAUUGGUAUGUAAGGUAAAUUCUGAUUGGAUGAACUAGAGAGUUUGUGGAUAUGAAUUGUUCCAGGGGGUCCAUUACGACUUGUUAUUCCAUGUGUAAAUAAAUGAUUAGGUCGAAGACUUUAUGUUUUUGUAAGUCUACAAAUGUUUGUUUUAGCUUUAUGCCAUAUGCAUAUAGCACAAAAGUUUUACCCUUUCUGGAUAUUACAGAUAUGUACUGACUUAAAGGAGAAGAAAACAUAAAAAUGGUGCCAAAAUCAAAUGAAAGAACUUGGCCUUUUAUAUUUUUUCGAUAUCAUCUUUCAGGAGAAAAUAAUAUUUGAAAAUAUUUUUGUAUGGUGGUUAUAUGAGACCUUUUGGUACGAUAUGUAUCAUCUUUGCGUAAUAAUGUUCUAAAUAAGGAUGUGAUGCAUGUCUAAUCUGAAUUGUGAUAAUAUUUUUGAAUAUAUUAAAAAUCUAAAUAUGAUCAAAAUCCAGGUUAAACACAUUUGUUAGCCGCCAAGACCAAAUUCUUUUGCAAAUAUAUUUAUUGAACAUGUGUUACAUCAUCAUUUAUACCAUUAUUACACAAAGACAAGAGGUAAUCCCAUAUACCCACCAUACAAAAACUAUUUUCAAGCGUCGUUUUUCUCUUUAAAGAAAAACUGAAAAAAUUAUUGAAGACUACAUUUACAACUAACAUGUCGCACUCUUUCAUCUGGACUUUGUAUACUGUUUAUGCUUUCUCCGCAUUUAGUGCAACACGUCACUGUUUAAGGCAGAUUCCAUAAAACCGGUUUCGACAUUGAAGCAGAAUUUGACAGUCUUUUUUGGACCGUAGGAGUCAUAUUGGCAAACUUUAACAGUGGGUCUACCGAGAAAUCCUGUUUCAACACCAACCUUGAUACCCAUAAAUACGAGUUACAUUGAAGAUCUAAAUAUUGUGUCAAAUAUUGUUAUGUAGAAAAGUCCCAGGCUCUUAUCCUGUAUGACAUGAAUUUAUUCACUGGGGUUUUGGUAAGAAAUAUAUGUAAAACUGUGAAUUACAACGAAAUUCCUGUAUUCAGAAUGACGGUUUUUAAUGGAACUUUCUGCCGAUGGACGCCUUCAUUUAUUUCAUUUGAUUAUCUUUGCAGUUUGUGCACACUACUCCAGAAUGAUUGACUUACGCGAUGGCGAUACAUACAUGUACACUUGGAUCAGCUUACCACAUUCUUUUGGAGAAUGUGUAUAUGUGCUGCAUUUGAUUCACUAAUUCUGUACGAAUGAGAUCGUGAGUGCGAAUCUCGGCCAUACUCGUUAUAUACAAUACACAGAUUGCCAUUUUGGUCCUCGGAAACUAGCGUUUACGUGUAUAUACGGGCACACGAAGGUGGAUAACCAUUAGUGUCUUGCUUUGGUCAUGCUUGACUAAAUCCGCCAUACCUAUUCUCAGCCUCAAUCUUGGUAUAGUCUGGACUUAAUACCUCUCUGUCACACCAGCCAAUCAGAAUCGAUUCUGCAUCCCUUCUGUAAAAGUUAUGAUGUCAAAAACUUCACCUUCAGACAGACGGAUGGCGAUUGUCACAGAAUAAAAGAACUGCCUUGUAGAGAUUUCAGCGCAUUUUGCGAUUCUUUGGCCAAUAUCCUCCGAGAUAUAGCAGGAUGCUUGUCUAAACCUGUCGGAUUCUGACAUGGUUACUACAGUGGGUCUGUUUAGGAGAUACAAACCCAUGACCGUCUGAUGGUGAAGAACAUGUAAGUUAGAAUUUGAAAGCUGAAUGUGUUUUGAUGUGUACAGCGUAUGUUAC